GCGCCUCUUGCUGCUUAUUCUGCGUCAGGCCUGAGCAGAAGAAGGAAGUGACAUUUUCAAGUGUCCUUGUACUGGUGCGGCUUCCUGAACGUUGCGGACAGAAGGAGAAAUUAUCACCAUGUUUAGGCACUUAAGGACCCUGCAGCAGGUCUCCAGACGGACCCUUUCCAGUUCUGCACCCAGACAGCUGGAGAACAAAGUCCCACUCAAGCAGAAGUUGUUUCAAGAAGACAAUGGCAUGCCAGUUCAUUUGAAGGGAGGCACUACAGAUGCUCUCUUGUAUAGGGCAACGAUGGCUCUUACUGUCUUUGGGUGCGGUUAUGUGUUGUAUGCAUUGAUCGAUGCAGCGCUGCCCAAGAAGAAGGAUUGAACAUGCCCCUCCAUUCAUGUGUCUGGGUUGUAAAGAUCUCUAAUCCUCAGAAUUAUAUAUCCUGUCAGUUGUUUUCAGUACAUUGGAUUAAUAUUUAUUGAUUGUACUGUAAAGCGCAAUCAUUAUGUAAUAAAACGUUCCACUUUACUGGCA